AAUAACAAAAACCACAACGACGCCCUGUGUCCUUUUGCUCUUGCUUAUGCAGCAGAGGGGAUGUACGCGCAUAUAGAGCUACAAAUCCAUUUUAGGCGGUGGAUCGGAACCCCGUUAUGCACAUUCAUUCGACAUGCGUAAAGCAUUUCUGUUCAAUGGAAACACGCUGCCAGAUAUUGGUUAAAGCUGCAACGAGCCCAGUGUGCGCCGUUCUGCCCACGUCGACGCUCCGCGGUGCGCUUGUCCCUUUAAUUCUGCCUUCCAUCACUUCGCUACCUGAAGCAGCCCGUUUCCCAAUCACAUGACGCCGUAAGUGCGUACGCGCCGCGACUGAGAGGGAAGAUGGCGGACGGGGAGGGAGAGACGCAGCUCGACCGGGGAGAUCGGCCCCAUAACGCGGCCGCGGACUCGCCUGUCGCCAUGGACAGCCUGCUUGCCACACUGCGAGGGCUGGAGGUCGAACUGCGACAACGGGACAUUUCCGAAACUUCGUCCAGCGACUAUUGCAACAACUUCUGCCAGGCGCUGAUGCACUGUGCUGGCAGCAGGAACUCCAUCGAGCACGGCCUGCCCCUGCUGGAGGUCUACUGCCUGUCCAUCACCUGCUUUGUGGCCGCCCGCCCCCACCUGACCACACAGUCCGACAAGGUCGCCCUCGUCCUGAAGAGACUGGCCCUGAGCUGUUUUGAGCUCUUACUCUCUGUGCCUGAGAACGCCAUCCCAUAUGAAGCCUGGAUGCAGUUCCACAGAUCUGUACAGGCGGCCCACGAUACCUUGCAGCAGCACGGGAACACGGACCUGCAGGCCCUGCUGCGGAUUUUGGGAGAGGGCGGAGCCUGGAGUAACCCCACCCUCAUCGCGUUGCUCACUGGUCAACCCACCAAUCAAGAGGAGGUGGAGGCCUUCCUGGCCCUGGAGGGCGACAGCUUCAUGGAGAUGCGGGUGAAGCACCUGGUGAAGGUGGGGGAGAUGGCCCAGGCCAUGCUGCUGGCCCGCUCCUGCGCCGACUCCGCCCACAUCGCCAACCGCACCACCUUCCGCCAGAUCUACGUCACGCAGCUGUGCGCCAUGCUGCCCCGAGAGGACGCCAUCAUGGAGAUCUCCAGAGUGGACGGUAAGGAGGUGCUGGAAAUAAUCUGUAACCUGGAGACAGAGGGGCAGGAGAACCUGGCCUUCAUCCUCUGCACCACCUUCCUCACCCAGCAACUCCAGCAAGAGAGCAUCUACUGCUCCUGGGAGCUGACUCUGUUCUGGAGUAAGCUCCAGAGGAGGAUCGAGCCGUCUCUGGAGUCCUUCCUCGAGCACUGCCUGCAGCUGGGUGCCAUCGCCAAGACGGUCUACCACCUGCUCUUCCUGGUGCGAGUGAUCCAGACAGAGGCGGAGCAGCUGGGCCUGGCCGCGUCGGUGGAGCUGUGCGUCCGCGCCCUGCAGCUGCCCCGCCAGGAGGACGCCGAGACCAAGACGUCCGUCUGCAAGACGGUGGCCUGCCUGCUCCCCGACGACCUGGAGGUGCGGCGGGCGUGCCAGCUCACGGAGCUCCUGCUGUGCACCUCCCGGGCGGCUUUCGCCUCGCUGGAGGAGCUGUACCUGCGGCCCGACCAGAAGCACGAUGAGGACGCCGCCCUGGUCCCCAACAGCCUGCGCUGUGAGCUCCUGCUGGCCCUCAAGGCCCACUGGCCCUUCGACCCCGAGUUCUGGGACUGGAAGACGCUGAAGAGGCACUGCCUCCGCCUGCUGGGGCUCGAACCCGAGGCCGAGCCUGAGGAAGAGGAGGAGGAGGAAGUGCCGGCGGAUGGCGGGGGAGCGGGAGCGGGGGAGAUUAGUCCCGAGGCGCAGGAGGAGGCGAAGGACGAAGAGGAGACGCACAGAGGUGUGGCGGCGAGGAGGGAGGAGCCCAGCAGGUCGAGGAGGUCCAGCGGUGGCAAAGACUGCAGCAAAGACGCCGCUGAGGCCGAGGCGAAGAAACGCGUCCCGGGGGAGGACAAGGAGGCGCCAGCCGCCCAGAAAGGAACGCCGCCCAAGAAGAAGGCUCCCUCGGAGAGGUCCCUGCGGUGGCAGAAGUACAAGUUCUUCUGCCUGAUCUGCCAGCGGGAGGUGAUCGAGGCCCGCAUCCUGCACCACUCGCGCAAGCACGUGGAGGACGGCGUCUACACCUGCCCCGUCUGCCUGCAGAAGUUCCCGGCGCGGCAGGAGCUGGUCACGCACACCAGCGAGCACAUCCAGAUGCCCGCCCGGAGGUCUCUGCCCCAGAAGAAGAAGAAGGUGAAGAAGAAGGUGAACCUGCGCAAGGAGAUGGAUGACGACGACGAGCUGGACGACUCCCUGGAGCCCGGGGAGAUCAGCCUGGACCCGUCGCUGCUCAUGUACUACCAGUCCACCCAGGACCCCGACGUGCUGGAACACCUGCUGGAACAGGCCGCCUCCCAGCCCAAGAGGGCCGCCGACGACGACCACAUCACCUUCGAGUACAUCGACGCCCACUUCCAGCUGCAGGACCGCGAGGUGUACCCCUGCCCCGCCACGGGCUGCGGGAAGCACUUCAAACAGUUCAAGUACCUGAGCGUUCACCUGAAGGCGGAGCACGACGGCAGCGGCGACGGGAACGUGCGGCACUACCUGGAGAUGAAGGACCGGCGGGAGAAGUGCACCUUCUGCCGACGGCACUUCAUGACCGCCUACCACCACCGGCGGCACAGGCGGAUGCACUACGGCGACCGGCCUUACACGUGCGUGGUGACGGGCUGCGGGGCCCGGUUUGACGCCACCAACGAGCUCAUGGCCCACAAGCAGAGCCACGGCUUCCGCUUGAGCUACCGCUGCGAGCUCAAGGGCUGCAGCCUGACCUUCUGCGACCUGGGCCAGCUCUACCACCACGAGGCCCAGCACUUCCGCGACGCGGCCUACAGCUGCACCAGCCCCGGCUGCAAGAAGUUCUACUUCUCCAAGAGGGACUUCCUCAAGCACUUAGCCACUCACGGCAUCACCUUCACCGAGGAGGACUUCGCUGCCCAGAGAGAGAGGAGGAGGAAGCCGGCCGACCCUUUCACCGAGGAGUUCAGCCCCACCAAGAAGACCGUCCUGGAGGAGCCGCCAGGAGACGACGAGACCGGAGAGGCAAGGUGCUCCCCUGCAAGCAAUACCACCUCCUCCACCACCUCCCCCUUCUCCUCCUCCUCCUCCCUCAAGGAGCCCAGGGGCACACUGACCUGCGUGGCGGUCUGCUUCGACGGCAGGAAGUUCACCUGCGGCUUCGAGAGCUGCGGCCGGACCUUCACGCAGGCCAGCGACGUUCAAAGGCACCUCAAGUGCGUGCACCCGGGACAGAUCAAGUCAGAGAAGAAAGGGCAGAAAAGACUGAGCAAGGUGAAGAGUUGGGGAACGAGGGAGAGGGACAUUAAAAUCGAGCAGGGCAGCACUGACCGGAGCGCACAGGCGCAUCCCAGUUGUGCCCAAGGCGUGUGCAAGGAGAGGUCCUACUCUCCCGCUGCGGAACCCCACAAACCUUUCGUCCCGCCCCCUUCGAGCCCGCCGAUCGACGACACCCUAAAAGAAGUGUUGUUGGGCCUCAGCCGGCUCAGCCUGAGGGCCUCUAGCCCCCGGAGCUCGCUGUGCGAUACUUGCCAUCCUAUCUCAGGGUCUUCCGUUUCACAGGUGUCUUCUUCCCCCACCACCUCGAGUGCCAAUGCAAGCCCCUCCGCUGCCACCAAAGCGUCACGGAAGAAAGCUGCACCUAAACCCCAGCCUGCUGCCGAAAAGCAAACUCCUCCCCAACCACCGCCACUGACCCCACGGACCCCCUCCCCGCCCCGGGGCCGGCCACCGCCGCCCCGACGAAUAUCGGACUUUCUGGUCCAACCCUCCACCAAGCCUUACGGAUGUGAGGUCAAGGGUUGCUCGUUCAAGAGCGUCACCACCAAUGCCCUCAAGGGCCACUACCUACGGAAACAUGGCUUUUCCAGUGAACGCCUGAAGGGGGUAGACAUCUUGAAGUCCAACAAGUUUAAGCCAUUCAAGUGCCACCUGUGCCCCAAAAGCUACCGGCAAAAGUCAGAGCUCCGGGUCCACUACCUGCAGAUGCACGACGUCAGCGAGUCCGUGGUGGAGCAGAUGAGCUGCUCCUUGAAGAGGCGAGAGGAGGGCAAAGCCCCAGAACCCGCCAAACCCAAAGUCAGCCCUAAGCAGGUCCCCCAGACGCCGAAGAAGCAGGUGGGGCGGCCGGCGAAGGUAGAGGAGAGGGCAGUGAACGCCUGGCAGCAGAAACACUCAAAGAAGAAGGGCGGGAUGUGGGUGCUGAAGUCGGAGCGCGAGAACGGCAUAGUCAAGCCUGCCGACAAGAGCAAGAAAAUGGACACCAAGUCCGUCGCCAAGACGCCCUCCCCGGCCUUGCGGGAUAACUGCAAGGUGGUGGAGGAGGAGGAGGAGGAGAGGGCAUCUCGAGAGGGCAGGGGCAGUCGGCGGUUGGUGGCGAAGGGCAACCUGUGCUACAUCUUGACCAAGUAUCACAAGCCCUUUCACUGCGUGCACAAGGACUGCAGCUCCGCCUUCACCCACCAGAGCGGCCUGGUGCGCCACCUGCAGGCCGUCCACCGCUACAACCGCUCCCAGCUGUGCCUGGAGGAGGACCUGGAGCUCCAGCACAGCGUCGGUGUCCGGAAGGGCGAUACCGCCGCGUCGAAGCCGCCGCCGCAGCGCCUGCACUGCAAGCACAAGGGCUGCGGCAAGCACUUCCCCAGCAACUCCAGCCUGUGGCAGCACUGUCGCCGGCAGCACGGCACCGCCGACCGGCACAAGCCCCCGUCCCCGCAGACGCCCCCCAGGGCUCCCGAACCCGAGUCGGAGCCCAACACCCCGCCCAGCUCCGAGGAGCCCAUACCGCAGUUCAGGUGCAGCUACGGCGACUGUACCGCCACCUACCACCUGUACAGCAGCCUGCUGCGGCACACCAGCCACGUGCACCGCAGCCAGCCGCCACAGGGGGCGCCACCUCCCCUGCAGCAGCAGGUGCGCUGCAGGUUCGAGGGCUGCACGCGGGUCUUCUCCCAGAACUCCAGCUACAUGAAGCACGUCUUCUACCGCCACUGCGACUACUACGACUCGGUGGUGCUGCGUCUGCAGAACGCCCACAAGAGGGACAAGUCCGCCAGCGGCUGCCAGAAGAAGCUGAUUGUCAGCGCCUCCCCGAAACGGCAGCCGCCGUCUUCGCCGCAGAAGAACACACCAAAGCUACCUCUCAGGCACUCGCUGAGGCACUGCCCCAAGUCUCAGGAGGCCAUCAGGGUGGAGGAAGAGGAGGAGGGUACGGGGGAGAACACGGAGGAAGAGCCCGUGGAGGAGGAACCCUCGAAAACCCCCCGGCCCAGAAAAAGUGAUCUGAAGCUGGUCUACCGCACCCACGAGGAGGCCCUCCAGAUGUGCCAGGACCGCUGCCUGCCCGUGGCCUACCCCUGCAUGGUGCAGGACUGCGACUCCGUGCUGACCGUGGAGCGCAGCAUGCGCCGACACUACCUGAGCUGCCACCACAUGUCCACCAACGUGUUCAACGACAACCAGGAGAGGCUGGUCAACAACGCCGAGCAGCUGGAGGAGCUCAUCCAGAGGAAGUCCGCUCCCCCGGCCCGGCCCUGUCCGCCGUGCCCCGGCGUGGCCCGGGCGCCCAACGGCGUGCUGAAGGUGGAGUACCAGGCCGAGCCGGAGAACCCGGGGGGCCUCUCGCUGCCCAUGAGCCUCCACUCCAUCGAGGCGGACCCCGUGGACAAGCAGGAGCCCCUUAGUUUCGGCGGGGAGGAGUCUGUGGCCAAGUGUGACGUGGCCGUGAGCACUGACGACCUAUGCACCAACAGCUCGCUCCACGUGGAGGUGCAGGAAAACGGGCACCAUGGAGAGCAGGUUAAGGAGGAGCGGCCCCUCCUUGCCCAAAGUCCACACAGCCCAACGCCCUACCCAGUCCCUGCCCCCGUGGACCUCUCCCCGCCCGCUACUCUCCGAAUAACCCCCAGCGGGACCCCCACAGACUCUCCUGACAAAGAAUGUGAGAGCACAGCAUCCAAUGCUACUGCAAACGUCGACAGCCCUGUCGCCCCAACCUGCCAGCCACUUAAGUGCGAGAAUGAGCUCCCCGCGCCCCCGCCCUCUUCCUCGACGCCCCCCCCAUGCCAGCCCACCCCAAAGGACGUCUCGCCACCGGCCCCCGCCCCGUCACCGCGCCCCUUCGACCUGGCGGCCUACAAGCCCAUGGGCUUCGAGUCGUCCUUUCUCAAGUUCAUCCAGGAGAGCGAGAGCAAGGAGGAGCAGACUGCGGAGGGCGGGGCCUGGGGGUCCAACCCCCACCCGCACCACCACCCCCCGCACCACCUCCACCGCCACCGCAACCACCAGAACCACCAGAACCACCAUCGAACGCCCCCCGAGCCCCUCCCUCCGGCGGCGUUGCCGCGGCGUUGCCGUGACUCCCGCCGCCGCGGCCGUUCCGUCAAGGAGAACAGCCAGAGGCGGCUGACGGUCACCGUCACUCGCAGCCGGAGGCCCCGCCCCCUGCCGCUUAAGCCCCUCCUCUGCGCCGGGGAGUACGCCUCGGUCCAGAACCUCCGCUCCAUCCUGGACCGGGCUCUGACGGGCUGCGGCGACCUGGCCAUCAAGCAGCUGCAGUACCUUCGGCCCGUGGUGGUUCUGGAGCGGUCCAAGUUCUCCGGGGCGUCCUCUCUGCUCGAACUGUUCCCCACGAAGAAACCCGAGAAGCUACUCCGUGCGAGCCGUCACCGUUGACUUCUUGAACUAUUUAGCCGAUGGACAAUGUUUUUUUUUUUUUGGGUUUUUUUUUUUCGCGUGUCAAACAAUUAAGAGACUUCCAGUAUUUUUUUCUAUCAAUUAUAUGGUUACUAUUACUACUAUGGUGGUUUAUUAUAAUUAUUAUUAUUAUUAUUGCUCUUACAAAUUGCCAAACUGUCAAAAAGCUCAAGUACCUUAAUUGAAAUAUAGCAGGUAUCAGUUUAUACAUGUAUAGAAAGAUGAAAGAUCUACUAACAGAUGUUUUGUAGAAGUUUUAAUUAUCAGUGCUGCCAUGUACAUUUUGUUGGUAUGAAAAAUUUUCCUGAAUCAGUAUCGUUCUCAUGCUCUGGCCUUUUUGAGUUUUAUGUUUUCUAAAAGUAUUGGUAACCGCGGGUGACCAAAGCGGUUUUCCCAUUUGUUGGAGCUCGUCAGUGGGCAAUUCAGACUUUAUACUUCCCCCAAAAAAAGAUUUAAAAAAAACAAAAACAGGCUGUGGUUAUGUUUAAUGUACUCAAUUUUCUAAGUCUGUAUUUGGGUAAAAGAAAUUACCCUACUUUCAAAUAUAUUAUGAGUUAAAAUGACUCCCCUUGUGUAUUCUGUGGGAAGCUUCGCAUCUUUGGUUUGUAACCAACAUAAAGUAUUAUUUUUCAUCUUGGGUGGAUAAAUCUUUGAUGGUCAAUAGCUACAAUUUGAUAUGUUGUACCAGUUAACAUGGCUGAGCCUUUUAGCCCCAAAUGUGGAUGAGUUUGCCCGUCUAAGCCACUGCUGAACCAAAAACGUCUCAGCUAUAAGAGGCUGAUUGAUGGCAAAAAAAAAAAGAAAAAAAGGUUUUACAGCCAAAGUGUAUUCGCCGUAACUCAACCUGCGACCUGUUUUCGGUGUCUUUAAAUGAAUCGGGGCCAGCCGCCUGUCAUUUGAGACACGCCCCGCUUCAACAGCAAACCGUACAGCAUAUCAAAUUGUGGAAUGCCCCAUUAAGUCAAGCUUUUGUGUAACAUUUGUGUUGCCUUAUUUUUCCACAACAUUUUCAACUUUUCAGAAGGUGAAUUAUCAGGUGGAACCCAUAGCAGUAUGCGCGGAGGUGAUGCAUUGGUACUUUAACAUGAACUAGAAAACCCCUGUCAGUAGAGCCACGUGUGGAUGAGAGCUUUUCAUAGACGAUUUGUAAACGGAAUGACAGCAAAAGAAAACACAAGUUUUUGUCUUUUUUUCUUUGUUUUUUUUUUGUUUUUUUUUUUCUCCUACAAGUUCAAAUAAAUGAUUCAGUGAAAUGGUGCUAAACUAAAA